AUGAACAACGAAAUAAAAGUUUAUUUCUUAUUUCUUUCGUACGUGUUGCCUCUAAUAAACAAUUUGAAUAAAGAGUUUCAGUCGGAACAAAGUCAUUUAAUUUUGCAAUUUGAAUACUUAUGUAAUACUGACUGUGAUAAAAUUGUUAGCCAAUGGACUUUAUUAAAAUUAAGUGAUCACAAUUUAAAAAGUGAUAUCGAUAUUGAUUCCUUUUGGCAAAAAGUAUCUAACAUAAAAAAUGGACUGGGUGAGCUAAUGUUCCCAGACCUUACUAGUUUUAUAUUUACCUUAUUAUCCUUGCCUCAUAGUUCUGCAGUCGCAGAAAGAAAAUUUUCAUCAUUAAAAUUAAUAAAAACGAAUACAAGAAAUAAAUUGGAAAUAAAAACCAUACAUCACAUUUUGACUUGUAAAGAACUAAUUAAAAAAAAUUGUGUAUGGUCGGCUAAAAAAGACUUUUCUUUAAAAAUGGACUGA